CUACUCCCAACUUGACAAUCACUCUAGACUGCACUUUCCAUCGUUGUUGUCGUUCCCAUUCCCAUUCCCGUUCCGCUGUUUUGUAAAUCACUUCCAACUCAGACACACUCACUUAUGACAAACCUCACCUAACUUCACACUCGCUGUCCCUGCAAAUGAAAUCAACCUUGGCUGCGAUUUUCUUGUUGUCUGACUAUUGCCGCAACCCUAUCCACAUUCUGACAUCCGCAGCCCAGCGACACCUCACACACCAACAACACAACUAGGCUUGAUCACCAGUUCUUGGAUCUGUGGUCCCAAAGCGCAGGCGCUGUAAGCAAGUGUUGAUCAUAUAAUCUCUUCACUCCUUUGCCUACACGACUGGCUUACCCCACACGUUCUGAUAUUCAUCAUGUCCCAACCACGGAGGCCACGCCCGGCCACAUCGCCUACUCGCGACAAGUCCCAUUCCCCCUACCGAUCAUCGCCUUCGCGGCGUCUAAGAGAUAUUGAGACUGGCCCUUAUAAUCAGCCUCGAGGAUCCCCCUACUCUCGUUCCCGUCCUAGCGACGAUCACCACCCAGCUUCUCCAGAUUCCAAGGCUGCUGAUUGGGAACCCAUCAUGUCUGUCCCCCUAAAUGCCUCUGACCUCGGUCGCAAAAAGUCCCUCAUUCGUCCCGAACGCAAUCGUAUCGAUCGAGACCAUCCAAACUAUCAUUACCGCAAGGCCGCCCAGAAUAUGGAGGUAUUUCCUUCCACCACAGGCAACGACCCCGUCAUUGAAGUGACUGGUGAAACGGACCGUAUUGUAAGCUCAGAUAGCAGCAACCACGCUGUUCCAGUUCAAGGGUCAGAUUACCCGUCUCGUCGACAAACGGUCAGAGCCCCGGGAAACAUUGAGCCCGUGGGGAAGAAAAGGCAUCCUCGGAAGCUCGUCCGGAAGGAUACUCGAAACUUGACCGAGGAGGAGAAAAGAUAUCAAAAGGAGCUCGACAAAAUCAAACCGCCAAGUAUCUGGAACAUCUAUUGCGCCAUCAUCACCUUUUGGGCUCCCGAUUUUGUACUGCACUGCUUUGGCAUGCCGGCACGAGCCCAGAGAAGAGCCUGGCGCGAAAAGGUUGGCCUUAUCAGCAUCAUUCUUCUCAUCGCUGGCUUCGUUGGCUUCUUGACCUUUGGUUUCACCCAGGCCGUCUGCGCCGCCCCUGGCCUUCGCUUGAAAAUAAACAAUGUCGACAGUGGCUACAUGAUUUUCCAUGGUGAGGCAUACAACCUCGAUGGCUCCAUGCAUCCGGCUGCCUUGGGUGUUCCUCUCGACACCAAUGUCCUUUACGAUCUCCCUCACAAGUAUGGCGGCCAGGACGGGAGCUUCAUGUUUCAAAAGGUCAAUGGCGAUUGCAAGGACCUCAUCACUCUUGCCCCCGGCUCCGAUGUCCCUACCAACGAUGAAGGAGACCUAGCUUGGUAUUUCCCUUGCGUCGCCUUCAACCAAGAUGGCUCCACACCAGUCAACACCACCGUCCCCUACUACCUGGGCUACGCUUGUCACACCACUGAAAAGGCAAGAGACACUUUCUUCCACCUGAGAAAGGCUGGGGAGGUCUUCUUCACCUGGAACGAUCUGAGAAACGAGAGCCGAAACCUAGUCGUGUACUCCGGAUCCGUCAUCGAUCUAGACCUUUUAAGGUGGUUCAACGACAGCCAAGUGGCUUGGUCCAAUCAAUUCGACCACCUGCGUGAGAAUGAGGAGAUCAGGGGAAUGGAUCUGACCCACGUCCUUCAAUCUCCCGCUGACAAAAAGAUGGGCAGGUGUCUUACCCAAAUAGCCAAGGUGGGCUCUAUCGAUACCGAGACCGUCGGUUGCAUUGCCUCCAAGGUUGUUCUCUACGUCUCUCUGGUCUUCAUCCUCGCGAUUGUCCUCGCCAAAUUCUUUCUGGCCUUGACGUUUCAAUGGUUCCUGUCCCGCAAAUUUGGCGCCGCCAAAACCUCACAGACGUCCGACCCCAAAAAACGAGCCAAACAGAUCGAGGAGUGGUCCAACGACAUCUACCGACCGGCACCCAGGAUUACUGAUCCUGCGAGCACCAUAACAGGAUCCGAUGGUCGUACCAGCAAACGUGGCAGCAUGCUUUUCCCACAGACGUCUCGGUUUACCAGCCCCUAUGCCGUGGAUCGCUCGCACAAGACUAACCGCCCACCUCCGACUACCAUGACAAGUCAAUCGUCCAAUGCCCGGCUGAUACAGCCUUCCGGUAGUGUGUAUAAACAUGGCUAUAGUAACAGUCAAGCAACCUUGGAUCUGCCUUCCAGAAUGAGCAUGGGGCCAAGUCGGUCGAGCGUCCUAUUGUCAGGUCACGAUACACAUUUGGACGACGGGGGUCUGAACAAUCCUGUUGGGUUCAUCCAUGAAAACGUCGUGCCUCAACCGCCUCCUGAAUGGCAGCCGUUUGGCUAUCCUCUCGCUCACGUCAUCUGCUUAGUGACAGCCUAUUCCGAAGGUGAAGACGGUAUUCGGACCACGCUGGAUUCCAUCGCCACAACAGACUAUCCCAACAGCCACAAAGCAAUUCUCGUCAUCUGUGAUGGCAUCAUUAAGGGCAAGGGCGAGACCCUAUCAACUCCGGACAUUGUUCUUGGAAUGAUGGGCGAUUUUGUCGUUCUCCCGGAAGAUGUGCAAGCCUUUUCGUACGUUGCUGUGUCUAGUGGUUCCAAACGACACAACAUGGCCAAGGUCUAUGCAGGCUUCUACGAUUAUGGCCAGAACUCUGCCAUUGAUCCCGCAAAGCAGCAACGAGUCCCCAUGCUGGUUGUGGUCAAAUGUGGAACCCCUGAUGAGGCCAGUAAGAGCAAACCAGGAAACAGAGGCAAGCGCGACAGUCAAAUCAUCCUCAUGUCUUUCCUCCAGAAGGUCAUGUUUGACGAACGUAUGACGGAGCUUGAGUAUGAAAUGUUCAAUGGUCUCUGGAAAGUUACUGGAAUGUCGCCCGAUUUUUACGAGAUGGUUCUCAUGGUGGAUGCUGAUACCAAAGUCUUCCCUGACAGUUUGACCCACAUGAUCUCUGCGAUGGUCAAGGACCCUGAAAUCAUGGGUCUUUGCGGGGAGACCAAGAUUGCAAACAAAAAUCAGUCAUGGGUUUCACGCAUCCAAGUCUUUGAGUAUUUCAUCUCGCACCAUCUAUCCAAGUCAUUCGAAUCCGUCUUUGGCGGUGUCACUUGUCUGCCGGGAUGUUUCUGCAUGUACCGCAUCAAGUCGCCUAAAGGAGGUCAGAACUACUGGGUCCCAAUUCUGGCCAAUCCAGACAUUGUCGAGCACUACUCUGAAAAUGUGGUCGACACGCUGCAUAAGAAGAACCUGCUUCUCCUCGGUGAAGAUCGAUACCUGUCAACGCUCAUGCUAAAGACCUUCCCCAAGAGAAAGCAGGUUUUUGUGCCUCAAGCGGUGUGCAAGACAACGGUUCCAGACAAAUUCAAAGUUCUCCUUUCACAGCGUCGGCGCUGGAUCAAUUCGACAAUUCACAAUCUCAUGGAGCUGGUCUUGGUGCGUGAUUUGUGUGGCACCUUUUGCUUCAGCAUGCAAUUUGUCGUCUUUAUUGAAUUGAUCGGCACCUUGGUGCUGCCGGCGGCCAUUGCAUUUACCUUCUACCUGAUUGUCAUCUCCAUUGUUCGUCGACCUGUCCCGGUCAUCCCUCUUAUUCUUCUGGCAUUGAUCCUGGGUCUUCCGGCGGUCUUGAUUGUCUUGACCGCACACCGAUGGUCGUACAUUUUGUGGAUGUUGAUCUAUCUCCUCUCUCUUCCCAUCUGGAACUUUGUCCUGCCAACAUAUGCGUUCUGGAAGUUUGAUGAUUUCAGCUGGGGUGACACUCGAAAGACGGCUGGAGAAAAGACCAAGAAAGCUGGAAUCGAAUACGAGGGAGAAUUUGACAGCAGCAAGAUCACCAUGAGGCGGUGGGGUGAUUUUGAACGAGGUAAGCAGCUCUAGACAUCAUCUCUGUUGAUAGCAUCACUAACGUGAGGAUGCAGAACGUCGGGCUCAAGCGACAGGCAUGCCAUGGACAAGUCAGCCCCAAAGCCGCUUUGACUCCACACCCAAUUUUGAGCGAUACUCUGAUUAUUGAUCUGGCCUGAUCGGACGAGAGAUGACGAAUAUUUCAUGACGAGGCAACGACGACAUGGGCGGCGAAGACGGAGGGAGGGGAAACCCCUUUUUCACAACCAAAACGGCAUUGCGAAGGAACUAUAUCAUUAAUAACCUCGACCACUGGGGUGGACAUUGAAUGAUUGAAGGUGUAUUUGGGUUGAGUUGGGAUUCCCUGAUGGGUAUGGGGAUCACUAUUUACAAGUCUGUAGAAUAUGUGCACAUGGCGACAAUGCUACUGGUUUUGGAUCUACUUUGGGUACCCGGUAGAUGAAAUGUACACUUUUGAUGAAAUCAUCCAUUCACCCAUGAA